GUCAGCUGUCAAACGGUGCAAUCAAUAUUUACAUAUCGUUCCGUACCAUCAACAAGAUACGAAACGGAACUCGUGAGUAAGGUAGAGCCGGGUUUGCUUUAAUUCAGUGCUAUUUUCUGCUUCGGGGUUUUAGGGUUAGAUUUGAACCCGGUUACAGCUGUAUUGCUCAGUCGCAAUGGAAAAGAUGAAGCUGCUGCAAACGCUUACCGGACAUAUGGGCCGUGUCUGGAGUGCAUCCUGGCAUCCGAGCGGUACGAUGUUCGCUUCCUGCGGCGAGGACAAAACGAUACGCGUGUGGAUAAAGAACGAUGAGGACCGGUGGAUUGCACAGACGGUUCUGACCGAUGGGCAUACGCGCACCAUACGGGAUGUGGCGUGGUCCUGCUGCGGUCACUAUCUUGCCUCGGCCAGCUUCGAUACGACGGUGGCCGUUUGGGAUAAAAAGUCUGGUGAGUUCGAGUGUAACGCCACACUGGAGGGUCACGACAAUGAGGUGAAAAGCGUGACCUGGUCAAGGUCGGGCGGUAUGCUGGCGACGUGCAGCCGCGACAAAUCGGUCUGGAUCUGGGAGAUACACAGUGCGCCGGACCAGGAGGACGAGUACGAGUGUGUGGCGGUACUGAACGGGCACACGCAGGACGUGAAGAAGGUGUGCUGGCAUCCGCACGAGGACAUCCUGGCAUCGGCCAGCUACGACAACACGAUACGCAUGUACCGGCAGGAUACGGCCGACAACGAGUGGGAAAUGCUCGAACCGAUGGAAUCGCACACCUCCACCGUGUGGAGCAUAUCGUUCGACGGCACCGGCAAACGGUUGGCUUCGUGCAGCGAGGACAAAACGGUUAAAAUCUGGCAACAGUACGGACCGGACAACGCGCUCGGCAUACCGUGCCCGGAGAAGGGUACGGUGUGGAAGUGUGUGUGCACACUGGCCGGGUUUCACGGGCGCAGCGUGUACGAUAUCGAUUGGUGCAAACGGACCGGUCUGCUGGCAACGGCUUGCGGGGACGAUUCGGUACGGGUGUUUAAGGAGGCGAGCGAUUCCGACCCGAACGAACCAACGUUCGAGCUGGUGGUGAAGAUCGAAGCACACAGCCAGGAUGCGAACAAGGUGGCGUGGCAUCCGGUGACGCCAGGCGUUUUGCUAACGGCCAGCGAUGAUGGGGAGAUCAAGAUAUGGCAGUAUCAGGACGAGGAGUAGAGGGUAAGCUCGGUUGCAUUGGGGGGGCCAUAUCGAAGCACGCUCAGCCGGAUGCGUAGGAGCUCUCGACCGCGUCCAGAAUAUUGAAAAAUAAAUGUGUAUCUGUUGACUUUAAAUAA